UUAAGAUUUAUAUCCCGCUCAAAUGCAAAAGGAAAAUGUUCAAGCAAAUGCUGAUUUCGCCAUGCGUAAUCCAGCAAAGGCAAAUACUUCUAAAGAGAAGGAGCUUGUUGAAGAGACUAUUGAGACAUAUAAACCCUUCUGCAUAGCAGAUCAGGCUGAAAUUGAUGACACAAAAGGAGCUGAAGCCCAAGCUCCAAAUGUUCCAACAGAGCUAGAGGAAAACUCCAAACUUAGCAUUUACUCUACUUCAAAGGUGCAUAGUUUCAGGUCAGUCAUUGAGAAAACUCGGCAUCUUAAGUAUCUCCCUUCUCAAGAUAUUGAGAAGUAUAUUUUCUCUAGAGGACCAGAAAACCUAGAGAAGAGCCACUUCAUCACAGGAGUUGUAGUGGAGAAGAAAGUCUUGGGAUAUUCUGAGAAACCUUUUCUUAAAUAUCCCAAAAAGAAGAAGACCACUGCCUAUGCCCGCUUUAAACUUUCUGAUCUCAAGGUGUAUAAAAGCGCUCUCUUUUCUAAGGUCAAAGACCUUAAAAAGAAGAGGCUUGAUGACUAUAUGAGAGCAGAUAUGUCUGAGGAUGAUUUUGUAAAAACUCAAGCAUACAAAGCUAUAAAAUUUACUCAAGAUAGAUACAAGACAAAUGAAUUUAUCCUAUUCAAUAAAACAGCUGAGCUAUUCUCAAAAAAUGUGAAAUACGGAGACUUAAUUGCUAUACUGAAGCCAAGCCUCAUGGACCAGAGGCAAAAUGAAGGGAUAGUCCUUUCUGCUAAAUACUCUGAUCAGAUCCUUGUGUUGGGAAAAUGAAGUAACUACGGAAUCUGUCAGCAUUAUGACUGUGCACAAUUCAUGAACACAGAAAAACAAAAGAAAUGUCUCCUCCACAAAGAAGAAGAUAACGAUAUGGUCUACAAGAAGAUUAAGGCUAGUCGGGCCAAUCUCCGUUCCAAUUUUGUAGACUCCCAGAAAAUUAUGUCUAUGAGAAAACAUGAAAAGCAGAUGCUCCAAAGCUCAGGCAUUGGAUUUAAGAAAGGAAGCCUUGAGAUGAACGAAUACAUGCUCACAACUGAAACUAAAAAGAAGUUGAUCCAAAAGAAGAGAGAUGAGAAAGCAAAGCUUAAGAAUUAUGUUGAGAAAAGACUUAAGAAAGACACCCCUUACUCCAUCCUUGGCAAGGUUAAAUGCUCUGAAAAGACUUAUAUGAAGAACACAACUGGCUCUGAAGUGGAGAAAUGCUCUGUAGAUCCUGACUUCAUCUCAAACCAAAUGAAAAAGCUGGAGUCUGAUAAGAAACCCAAAAUAAUGGAGCUUGACUCAGACGGAGAAAUAGUCAACUAAAGUUCUGAAUAAAACUCAAUUUUGAAAA